GUAAGGAGGGGAAAAAAGUGACAUAUGUAGAUAGGUUUAUGUGCGAUGCGCUUCAAAAAUAUUUUAUAAUUCCACCAACAUGGAAUUAGCGAAAGCAGUGUUUGGCUCACAUUCAUCUGAUGGAUACAGUAGCAAAGUGACAACUGCGGACACCCUGUCAGAAGAUGAAGAUGAUAUUGCACCAAGCUGCAGCGUGGAUGGUGUCAGUAUUUCCGCUCAUCCCAACUUUCCCAACUCCUCAGACUUUGUUCCAACUCCAGGUGGCCAUUUCUCAGCCCUCACACCAUCAAUGUGGCCACAGGAUCUUAUCCAGAAGCUGAGCACUUUGCCUGAAGGAGAUCUUUCAGGGCAGCUAGAUUAUCACUAUGAUGAAUUUGGAUUUAAAGUAGAGGAAGAAGAUGGUCCUGAGGAGAACUCGAGUAAACUUCUGAGUAUGCCAUUCAUUGAAGAGCCGCAGCACCGACUCAAGUGGACAGCGUACCUGGAGUUCACUCACAACAAUGAAGUGGGGGACCUCACCUGGGAUAAGGUUGAUGCUCGUAUUGCUCGGUCGGAGAAGCUGCGAGCAAUGAUUCAGCAGGGGAUUCCCCACUCACUGAGACCACAGAUCUGGAUGAGAUUGUCUGGGGCUCUAGACAAGAAGCUCAAGUCAGAUCUCUCCUACAAAGAUGUGGUCAAAGCAAGCUCCAACGAUCAUCUUAUGUCUUCAAAACAGAUCGAAAAGGAUCUGUUGAGGACGAUGCCUAGCAACGCAUGUUACUGUAACAUCAACAGUACAGGAAUUCCACGUCUGCGCCGGAUUCUACGCAGUCUUGCCUGGCUUUAUCCAGACAUUGGCUACUGUCAGGGAACUGGAGUUAUUGCUGCGUCUCUGUUACUGUUUUUGGAAGAAGAAGAUACCUAUUGGAUGAUGUGUGCCAUUAUAGAGGACCUUCUUCCAGCAUCAUAUUACUCCAAUACUCUGAUUGGAAUACAGGCUGAUCAACGAGUAUUGCGACAGUUGGUUAUUAGCUACUUGCCAGAUGUGGACUUGGUUCUCAAGGAACAUGACAUAGAGCUAUCGCUAAUCAGUCUCCACUGGUUCCUGACCCUGUUUGCCAGUGUCGUCCACAUGAAGGUCUUAUUGCGCCUUUGGGAUCUUUUCUUCUGCGAUGGCUCUGUGAUCCUCUUCCAGAUUACCCUAGGCAUGCUUAAACUUAAGGAGAGUGAACUUAAAAAACUGGACAAUUCAGCUCAGAUCUUCAAUGCUUUGUCUGAUGUGCCUGGUGAUGUCCAAGAUGUUGAUGAUUUGAUAGAGGUCGCCUCUAGAACUGCUGGGUCUCUUACUGAUGUCGUCGUGGAAACACACAGACGAAAACACCUGGCCUAUUUGAUGGCCGACCAGGGUGCCAUUGUGAAUCCAGAUCAGUCGAGAAACCUACCAAAACAGCAAAUUAACAAGCGUCACUUGAAGCGAUCCAGAUCAUUGGUGUCUAUGUUACUGCGCACUGAACAGGAAGAUGACGACUUCGGCAAGGCUAAAAACAUCCACCAGACAGAACUACUGGUCGAUCUGAGGGAAGCCAUUCUUCAGAUUGCUCGACACUUCCAGUCUCUUGAUCCAAAGAAUAACAAAGUGGUCUUACAAGCAGAUUAUGCUAUGGAUUCUCAUGCUAAAGAUUUGGAAAACUAUGUGAAUGUGGCCAGGAACCGUCGCCGAAGGGCCAAAGCUUUACUGGACUUCGAACGACAUGAUGAUGAUGAGCUUGGUUUUAGGCGGAGUGAUAUUAUUACGAUAAUAUCUCAGAAGGAUGAGCACUGCUGGAUCGGGGAGCUCAAUGGUCUACGCGGCUGGUUUCCUGCCAAGUUUGUUGAGAUUCUCGACGAGCGAAGUAAACACUAUUCCUCUGCUGGAGACGACACUGUAACAGAGGCUGUCACCGAUCUCGUCAGAGGAACAUUAUGUCCAGCACUGAAAGCAAUUUUUGAACAUGGUCUGAAGAAGUCUUCUAUAGUAGGUGGACACUGUCAUCCAUGGCUUUUCAUUGAAGAGUCUGCAACAAGAGAAGUGGAAAAAGACUUUCAAAGUGUGUACUCCCGGUUGGUUUUGUGCAAGACGUACAGGCUUGAUGAAGAUGGGAAAGUACUUACUCCAGAGGAAGUUUUAUACAGGGCUGUGCAGGCAGUGAAUAUCUCGCAUGACUCAUGUCACACUCAGAUGGACGUCAAGUUCAGAUCUCUUGUUUGCUGUGGCCUGAAUGAACAAGUGCUGCACCUGUGGUUGGAGACACUGUGUUCAUCAGUAGACAUUGUGCAGAAAUGGUAUUACCCAUGGUCCUUUAUUAGCAGUCCAGGAUGGGUACAGAUCAAAUGUGAAUUGAGAAUUUUAGCUCAGUUUGCUUUCAACCUGUCUCAGGAUUGGGAGUUGCCACGGAAGCAUAAAUCACAAGACUUGCUUCGUGAAGGUGUUCGAGACAUGCUCAUUAAACACCACUUGUUCAGCUGGGACUUGUGAUGUUGCUCACCCUGUCAUCGUUGUGUGUUUAUUACAGUGUCACAAUCACAUGAACGUGUCCACUUUUCACUUUUGUUUGCAUGAGUAUGAUGCAGUUUUACUUUUAUUCUGGUAGCAUUAUUUGUGUAUUUUUGUUUAUUUGUUUUAUUUAUUAAUUGUGCAUUUUGCGUGUUAAAAUGUGCAAGCAGAAUUGAAAAGUGUUGUUAUCCUUGCAAUAUUGUGUUAAAAAGAAAUAUAUAUAAAAGGUUUUUUUCUUCUUCGACAGACCUACAUGUAUUUUUUAUAAAAUUAAAAUAAGAACCCCCCCCCCCCCCCCCUGAAAAAACCAGAAGUUACCUAUUUACUGCUUGUUUACAUCUGUCUAUUUUUGAAUCAUGUUUUAUAAAACCUCUUAAAAAUCCAAUAUUAUGGAACAAGAAAGAAAGAAAACUGCAAAUUUUAACAUAUUUAUUAACUAUUCAGUUAGUAUUUGUUUUUUUUAGUUUGGAUUCAUACCAAGAGGCUUCAUAUACUAAAAGUAAAAACAGUUUAAGCUAUUUCUUAAAAUGAGUUGAAUGCCAAACUAUUAUUUGUAAUAUAAUAUUUGGUUAAAUAUCUUGAACAUGUCAUGUGAAAAAAGAAGAAUGAACUCAUGUUUUAUAUAAUAUGCAAGGAUACUUUUCAAUUGAAGCUAACAGUUCAUAUUUAACUACGCAUAUUGUGUAUUUUGUUUUCGUGUGCAUUCCAUGAAUAUACUUUGUUUAUUCCUGUGAUGAUUGUUUAAAGAUGCAGACCCUAGUUUCAACUCGUAAAAAUGGACACUAAGUUUAGUUAAUCUACAAAUCUGUAACACAUUUGGAUAACAUUACAGCAGAGUGAAAGAAGAGUCUGUGACGUUAAGAC